AUGCGUGUAAUUUUCUUCUCGAUUGUCUUUUGUGCAUUGGUCAAUGGGGAUUGUACUUUUCGUUCCAAUGAUUCAAAAGAUCUUCAAGAUAAAAUAAAGAAAUGGAAAAUUUACAACAGCACCGUUACAAUACGUAGUAAAACAUCCACAUAUCAAUUAGGAAUCUGUUUAGCACCUAAUAAUUCUAAUAUUAAUGGAGCUAUUAUUCAAACAAUCAAUGAAGAUUCGAAUGUUUAUGUUCUAGGACAAAUCAAUCAAACCAAUCUUGUUGGAGGAGAUAAUUGGAUACUUUUGACAUAUGAAAAUGGUAGUCCUUACAGCAACCAAUGCUAUAAUAAAACUCGUUCAGCUUCACUUAUGUUUGUUUGUGGACGGAAUAUGUCUUAUUUAAAAAAGAAAAGAUUAGAAUAA